UAAAAGGUAUUAUUAUUUACCUAAAUUAAUAUUGGUGGAUGAUAAUAACAUCAAAUCUAAAUUAAAAAAAAAAAAAUUGAAUAGAGAAAAACAGCAAGACUCUUUUUCUUCUCCAUUGCUCUGUUUCGGGCUUUGUCUCUUCGUUUUCCCCCUGUUCUGUCUCUUUGUCUUCCUCUAAAUUUCAUUUUUUUGUUUCUGUUUGAAAAAUCUUUGUCAUCAAAUGGGGUUUAACCUAUUUCGAUGCUCUUGUUCUUCUUCUUCCCAAGAAGGGGUCCUCAAGAAAUAGAAAAAAACAAAACAUAGCAUUUUUAAUACAAAUUGUAAAGUAAGAUCCGUUUUUAUAGGAUUUGUGUUUUUUUCUAUUUCUUUUUGGAUUUCGGGGUGUUGAUGGAAAUGGCGUCCUCUGAGGUAGACUUGUCAUCAUGCCGAACUUUUAAUUGCGUCUUGAGUCGUCCUCACGAGAGAUGCACCCGAGGAGGAGACAACAACAACAAGAACAAGAACAAUAACAACAAUGUCAGAAACAUACACGUCGCUGCCUACGAGAAGAAUCUCAAUGUUUUUGUCAGAGAUCAUUUCGAAAACUGUAGCGUCGUCUCUGGUGAUUUUGAUAACGAUGAUUCCACCAAAUCCUCUGUUUCUUCUGAUCAUCGGGCCACGAAAACAGAGGAACCUCGUCACGAUGUCCCUUCAUCGUCUUCGUCUCUAGGAUCCGAGACUAAUUUGAAUUCGGGUCAACCGGAGAACCCGUCAAGAAAAGAAAAAAUGGCAGCUUCUUCUCUCGUUCAGAUAUGGGAAGCGAGGACGACGCAGCAACCACCAAGCUCGAACCAAACCCUAAUCGAUAGCAGAACGAGUUCUAUGGGAUCAAACGCUUUAGAGAAUUCGGAUUCUAUCAACGAGGAAUCCGUAAAAGAUUCUGACUUAUUGAUUCAGCCGAUCGAAGAAGGUAACAAUGAGGAGGAAGAAGAAGAAGAAGUACAAGAGAUUGAAUGUGUAUCACAACUUGUCCUUCCACCUCCAGAUUCUGGAGAGAAAGAUAGAGAAAAGGUCAGAGUUAUGGAUAUCAUUCGGAAACUAAGCAAUGACUCAGAAACAAUAACCAAUAACGAAAAUGGUAGCAGCAGCAACGACAAUAGUAAAGAAGUACAGACAACGGAAGCGAGAUGUUUUCCUCAGGUUACUUGUUCUCCAAGAAUAAGAGGUCGUCAAGCUUUCGCUGAUUUAUUGGUGCUGAUGAUGCGUGAUCGAGAAAAGGAGUUGGCCUCUUUACUAGAACGUCAUUGUGUUUCAAAGUUCACGCAUCGCGGACGGAUUCAGUCGACGCUUAGAAUACGAUGUUACGAAAGGUGCAAGGCCAUUCAAGAUAGACAUCGGUGUAAACCAUCAUCAACAGGAUCUGAUUUAAACCGAUCGCCUCGAGGUUCUGGUGUACUGCAUCUUCUCAGGGGGAAAUAUAAGACAAAUUCUGAGAAUACUGAUACUGCAGCUUCGUCUACUACUGUGUCUUCUCGUGGUCGGAUUCUGGAUAAAGAUCCGCAUAAGGCUACAGAGAAGAAGGUUCUGCAGGAAAAAAAUGAGAAGAUUGAUAUAAAGGAGAUUCAAGAAGUGGUUUCUGCAGUUGAGAAUGCGAAGAAAGCUGUCUUGAGUGAAAUUGCAGAAAAUAAGAAUGGUUUAAAGAAAGCUGUAGGAGAAACUAUUCAGAAGAAAGCUACAGAAGGGAGAGAUGAAAAGCGAGAAACUAAGGAGAAAGCUAUUGCCAAAGAGAGUCCUGAAUUAGCAAAGGAGAAAUCUGUUGCUAAGGAAAUUGUAGAAGGGAAGGCUUUGGGUGGAAUAGCUGAGAAGGUGAAUAUAUGGAACUUAGAGGAGAAAAUAAAUAGGAGAAAAGGGAUGGAGAAGGGUAAGUUUGAAGGAAAAGCUAAUACUGAGAGAGUUGAGAAAAAUGAUGUAUUGGAAGAAGCUACAAGAAGGAUCAUUAAUGUGGAAAGUGCGGAAAGAAGCAUUAGUACUACUACUACUACUACAAAGGAAACAAUGAUGCCGCGGUGUGAGUUUGCAGAGAAGGUGAUAAGAAGAAAGGAAAAAGAAGAUUGUGUUUCUAUGGAAUCUAAGUCCAAAGAAAUUGAAGAUAGAAACAUUAAACCUCAAGAAGUUACUACACAAGAAGAUAAUUGUUUAUGUAAACCUAUUGAGAAGGAAAGUGUAGAAGAAGGAAACACUUUGAUGGGGAUAGCUGAGAAGGUGAAUAUGUGGAACUCCAAGGAGAAAAAGCAUAGGAGAAGAGUUAUGGAGAAAGGUAAAGGUAAAACCGAGACAAAUGAAGUGUUGCAAGAAGCUUCAAGAAGAAUUAGUAAUGUUGAAACUGCGGAGAGAAGCAUUGCUACUUCAAGUCAAACGGUGGAGAAAGUUGUUGGUAACAAAGAAGUGAUUGCUUCUGUAGAAGCUAAGUCCAAAGAGAUUGUUGAAGAUAAAAAUAUGAAUCCACAAGCUGUGAGUCAUGGCUCUAGAGAGAAGGAUAAAGAGAAGAACUAUUCACAACAUGGUGAAAAAACUUCGACUCUGCGAGACUUGGAAGCUAAGUCAACUAAAGAAAUCGAGAGAAACAAUUCUCAAGAAGUUACACAAGAAGAAGAAUCUAUUAGUAAAGGCUCUAGAGAGAGGGCUAAAGAGAAGAAUUCUUCACAACAGGAUGAAAAAAUAUCGGUUCUCCAAAAUCCAAACGUCGAAAACGGCAUUCAAGAAUCGGAAGAUGAAGAAACCAAGAAGGUAGAAUGCAAAGAAAAGGGAGAAAGCAUACAAGAAGCAGCAGUAGAGUUUGUAAGUGAGUGGGAUGAAACUGAAAUGGAAGAAGAAGAUGAAUAUGGAGAUUACGAUCUUUACAUUGGAGAGAAUAUGGAUGAUUGGAUUCACGAUAUAUCGAGGCCUCGAAGUUACUGGGAAGAUCUAAGGAAAGAAAGGUAUCUUGAGGUUCUCAACACUGAAUCAGAGAAAAAAGAUAUUUGCAAUCUCAUUCAGAGACGAACAGUUUCAGACUUUUUGACGAGUGAUUUGCGACAAAAGAUCGAUAAUCUGAUGAUCACUCGAGUGCAAAGUCACAUACGUGUACCAAUCAAUCAAGUAAAAGAAGAAGACGAAGAUGAAGAAGAAGAAGAAAAAGAAGAGUGGGUAGAUGAGUGUUCAGCAAGGAACCAAGAAAAUAAUGAAACAGAGGAAGAACCAGAGAAGCCAUAUCUUGAAGCUGCAAGCGACGUUUGCAGUCUAUCAUCAGCAAGGAGUAGUACAAUGAUGUCUUGGACUUUCAGGGAUCAAGACAUUUACAAGGAUCAUGAACCGACCACGACUUUGUCUCUUCCUGAAUCUUCAGCCCCCACAAAUCAAUCUGAAACGCAAACGAUAAGUGAAGUCAGGAGUCAAAUGGAGCAACUUCAACGAGAAAUGCUUGAGCUACGAAGUUCAGCCCCCACAAAUCAAUCUGAAACGCAAACGAUAAGUGAACUCAGGAGUCAAGUGGAGCAACUUCAACGAGAAAUGCUUGAGCUACGAAGUUCAUUUAAAUCUUGCAUCGAUAUGCAAGUUCAUUUCCAGAAAUUUGUAACUCAAGAUCUUUCUCGUUCUGGCUCAUCAGUAGAAGAACGAGUAGACUCAAAGAAAGAUCCUUUGAAACGCAAGUGUUGCGUUUGCUCUGAGAUGCCUGUUGACUCGCUUUUGUAUAGGUGUGGACAUAUGUGUACGUGUCUGAAAUGUGCUCAUGAAUUGCAAUGGAGCAGUAAGAAAUGUCCGAUCUGUAUGGCUCCAAUCGUCGACGUUGUGAGAGCUUUUCUUGAUUCUUAGGAUUUUCAAGAAACCAAGACAAAUAUUAGUUUCUUCAUUACUUUGGAAUGUGACACAUCUGAAUAUAAUUUUUUUUCCUUAGUGUUUGCGAUAUUGAGAUUGUGAAAUGUAUACUAAACUUACUCAAAGAACGGUUUAAAAAUCCUAGAAAUUGAGCUAGAUUGUUAUCGAUAGACAACACAACUUAAAAAAAAUA